AAUUGUUCAUAUAAAUAAAUAAAAUAGGCCACGAAAAUGCUGCUGACACUACGUGUGCAGGGCACCAGAUACUCUCUCCGCACGGGGAACUGCAGCCGGAGCCGUUGGCUGGCCAGCAACGCUGUUGUGGAAAAGUCACCGCCUCCCGCGCAGCCACAGCUAGAGGUGAAUGGGAGCACGUACGCCACCGACAGCUGGACGAAUGUAACGCCCAAAAUUCUGUCGUACCUGGGAGCCAAUAAGCACCUCCAGAAGGAUCAUCCCCUGUCGAUCAUUCGCCAGCGCAUCGUAAAUUACUUUUAUGGAGCCUACCGGAAUCAGCGCGGAAAUCCACUGUUUUCCGUCUACGACAAACUGAAUCCUGUCGUGACAGUGCAGCAGAAUUUCGACAACCUGCUGAUACCCAGCGACCAUGUGAGUCGCCAGAAAUCAGACUGCUACUACAUUAACAAGCACCAACUGCUCCGCGCCCACACCACGGCCCACCAGGUUGAAUUGAUCUCUGGUGGACUGGACAAUUUCCUGGUGGUGGGGGAAGUGUAUCGGCGCGAUGAGAUCGACAGUACCCACUACCCGGUGUUCCAUCAGGCAGAUGCAGUGCGAGUAGUCACUAAAGACAAGCUCUUUGAGCGCAAUCCUGGCCUUGAGCUGUUCGAGGAGACUUGGAAGGGCUCAUUGGCCGAUCCAAAACUGAUUCUUCCCUCAUCGAAAUGCAUGGACCAGACGAAGCAGCCCUGCCACACUCUGGAAGCGGUUAAACUGAUGGAGCACGAGAUGAAACACGUCCUUGUGGGUCUGACAAAGGAAUUGUUCGGCCCUCGCAUCAAGUACCGCUGGGUAGAAACAUAUUUCCCUUUCACGCAACCCUCCUGGGAGUUGGAGAUCUACUUCAAAAACAACUGGCUGGAGGUUCUUGGCUGUGGCAUUAUGCGCCACGAAAUCCUUCAGCAGUCCGGCGUCCACCAGUCAAUUGGCUACGCUUUUGGUGUCGGCCUCGAGCGUCUGGCUAUGGUGCUCUUUGAUAUACCGGACAUUCGCCUGUUCUGGUCCAAUGACAGCGGCUUCCUUUCGCAGUUCAGCGAAAAGGAUCUGCACAAUCUUCCAAAGUACAAACCCAUCUCCCACUAUCCGCAGUGCACGAAUGACCUGUCUUUCUGGCUACCCUCCGAUGUGGAGGUUGAUGCUGGCUUCUCGCCCAACGAUUUCUACGAUCUGGUUCGGACGGUGGCUGGCGACAUUGUGGAACAAAUCAGUCUUGUGGACAAAUUUAAGCAUCCAAAGACGGGCAAGUCGAGCGUGUGCUUCCGCAUUGUCUAUCGCCAUAUGGAGCGCACCUUGACCCAGGCGGAGGUUAACGAUAUACACAAGCAGAUAGCGAAUGCCAGUGUGGAUAGUUUCAAUGUGCAAAUACGUUAGUUCUAGUCCAGUUCAGCCUCAAUUUAAACCAAAAAGAAACAAACAGUAAAAGUACCAAACAAAGUCA